CAUCUCGAGUUCCCUCUGGCUGCACUCUGGAGGACUACACUCGUUUUCUUUCUGGCAGUGGGAGGCCCUGCAACCUCGGCUGAGCUGGAGGAAAGAUGGCGGCAGCCGUGCGACAGGAUUUGGCCCAGCUCAUGAAUUCGAGCGGCUCUCAUAAAGAUCUGGCGGGCAAGUAUCGGCAGAUCCUGGAAAAAGCCAUUCAGUUAUCUGGGGCAGAACAAUUAGAAGCUUUGAAAGCUUUUGUGGAAGCAAUGGUAAACGAGAAUGUCAGCCUCGUGAUCUCUCGACAGUUGCUGACUGAUUUCUGCACACAUCUCCCUACCCUGCCUGACAGCACAGCCAAAGAAAUCUAUCAUUUCACCCUGGAAAAGAUCCAGCCCAGAGUCAUUUCAUUUGAGGAGCAGGUUGCUUCCAUAAGACAGCAUCUUGCAUCCAUAUAUGAGAAAGAAGAAGAUUGGAGAAAUGCAGCCCAAGUGUUGGUGGGAAUUCCUUUGGAAACAGGACAAAAACAGUACAAUGUAGAUUAUAAACUGGAGACGUACCUGAAGAUUGCUAGGCUAUAUCUGGAAGAUGAUGAUCCAGUCCAGGCAGAGGCUUACAUAAAUCGAGCAUCAUUGCUUCAGAAUGAAUCAACCAACGAACAGUUACAGAUACAUUAUAAGGUAUGCUAUGCACGUGUUCUUGAUUAUAGAAGAAAAUUCAUUGAAGCUGCACAAAGGUACAAUGAGCUCUCUUACAAGACAAUAGUGCAUGAAAGUGAAAGACUAGAGGCCUUAAAACAUGCUUUGCACUGUACCAUCUUAGCAUCAGCAGGCUGGAAAUCAGCUAUUUUUCGAGGAUCCCUAGUUCCUUUUAAUGAAGACACCAAGAUUGGGAUGCUAGGACAGCAGCGUUCUCGGAUGCUAGCUACUCUUUUUAAGGAUGAAAGGUGCCAGCAACUUGCUGCUUAUGGGAUCCUAGAGAAAAUGUACCUAGAUAGGAUCAUCAGAGGAAAUCAACUUCAAGAAUUUGCUGCCAUGCUGAUGCCUCACCAAAAAGCAACUACAGCUGAUGGUUCCAGCAUCUUGGACAGAGCUGUUAUUGAACACAAUUUGUUGUCUGCAAGCAAAUUAUAUAAUAAUAUUACCUUUGAAGAACUUGGAGCUCUUUUAGAGAUCCCUGCAGCUAAGGCGGAAAAGAUAGCAUCACAAAUGAUAACAGAAGGACGUAUGAAUGGAUUUAUUGAUCAGAUUGAUGGAAUAGUUCAUUUUGAAACACGAGAAGCCCUGCCAACGUGGGACAAACAGAUCCAAUCGCUUUGUUUCCAAGUGAAUAACCUUUUGGAGAAAAUUAGUCAGACAGCACCAGAAUGGACAGCACAAGCCAUGGAAGCCCAGAUGGCUCAGUGAAUCCCUGCAGAACUUCUGUGCACACUACAUCUGUUUCCGUGUUGUACAGAUUAAUUUCACUAUCUCUCCAAAGCAUUUGCAUCAUGACCUUACAUAUUUCGAUCUCUUUUAUGCUGGAUUCCAUUUAAAGAAGACAUUAUUAGAGCAGGAAGUAACAAGCAUUUAAAAAUAUGUAGUUCCCAUAUAGUCAGGGUCUCUGUGUAUCAAGCUAACUCAGAUGUUUUGAAAGCUUUUUGUUUAAAAGGAGUAAGUGAAAUAUCCGUGGCUAAAAAGUUUGGAAUUUGUGAUAACUUUGUAGUCAUGUAAAACUUAAGUGCAUUGUGCCUCUCCAAAUGUGGUUAUUCUAAUAAAUGGAGAAGUGAGCCAAAUAAAGUAGUACUUUGUUUUUAAUUAGUAAA